AUGGACAACCUCAUAGGUAACAAGCCACCUCUCUCUAAAUGCUCAUAUUAUCGUUACCAAAUAAAAAAUUUAGAGGUGCUCUACAUCCGUGAUACCAACGCAAAAAGAACAUAUGUUGCUAUGGCUGUUGAUUGUGGCAGUAAAUACGAUACAAAACCGGGACUUGCUCAUCUACUCGAACAUUUGCUGUUUAUCUCACCAGAACAGGAGCAAGCAAAUGAUUUAGGCAUAGGUUUGGAUUCUUUGACAUGUCCCAUCAAGGACAAUACCCAGCAGGACAUAGCAGAUAGCGAUGUCUUGAAAGCGCCAAGCCAAGAUGAUGGCGAAGGCUGUACAAAAGAGGACUUAGACGUUGCUAAACUUGUAUGUGAUGCUUUGAAUAAUCGAGGAGAUAGUAGUCAAGAUACAGAUUCAGCCCCGCCCAAAAUAAACGACUUUGAUAGCUUCCUGAACAUAUAUAAUGGCGACAGCAACGCUUAUACGACUGAAGACGAGACAGUAUAUCAUUAUGAACUGGACACUGCGGGUAUUCGCCAAAGUUUCCGUCUAUUUGCCAAUUUUUUCAAGCAUCCUUCCAUCAACGAGCAAACAAUUAUGACCGAAUCACGAGUAGUUGAUUCUGAAUUUCAAAACCGCAAGUAUGACGAUGAAUCGCGUAUAAAUCGAAUUUUGGAGAUUUCAGUGGGAAAGCAAUUCUCAACUGGAUCGUUAAAAUCUUUUGGUUGCAAUUACCAAGAAUUGAAAAAACAUUGUGUAGAUUUGUACACCACAAAGUACAGGAGAAUGGUACUUGUGGUGUGUUCUGCAGGUGAAAAUGAGGAGAUGAAAAAAAUUAUCGAAGAAAACUUUUCGCUAGACCUGGACAAGCUUGUUUAUAUGGAUAGGAAAUGUUUGAUCUGUUCAGGGAAAGAAGAGUGUGAAGUAACAAACAACUCUGAGACUAAGCACAAAGCGGAAGAUGGCAACAUGAAUGAUCAUGCGCCUGGUCGAAAGGAUGUAUCCAGUGAAGUGUCUCAAAGCGUUCCUUGUGAUGGUCUAUGUACCUCCAAAGACAUGGGACAAAAGUUCGAUAGUAACCUAAGAAUAACAAAGUUGUACAAGUAUAAGCCUAUUUUUCCGAAGAAACGGGUGAUUGUGAGCAUAUCCCUACCAAGCGAACUCGUGCAAUACCACAACAUGUACGAUAGCUUGGUAUAUUUUUUCUCCAAGGAGGACCACUCAUCGCUGCUGUAUACUCUUAGAAAAGACCAAUUGAUAUUCAACGGAACAGUAAACACGAUUACAACACAGAGAGAGACAAUGCUCUGCUUCGACUUCAUAGUUCCCUCUACAGACGUGUACAACGUUAUCACCGAUGAGAUAAAUCGGUACUUCCAAAUUUACAAGGACACACAAAGUAUGACAAGCUAUUACAGUAAAAUAGAGAGAGAUGUGAACUGGCAACUGUACGAGGAUGAAGACAUGAGGAUUCAUGUUGUAGAUUGCGCCGAAAAGAUUUUGAGGAGCAAAGUGCUAUUCACCGAUUUGAUGUUUGAACACGAAUGCAAGAAUUUAGUUAUGGAGGAGUGUACAGUUAUCCUUGUAGACGAUAAGUAUGAAUGCGAAAAGGUGACUGACGAUGAGUACGAACUUCGUUAUGAAAAGAUCGAAUGUGCAGAAGAAUUUGGGAGGCGGCUAAAGGGUGACAUGUCGAGCGAGGCUGAUCUUGUUGAUAAUGACAAUGGCAAUCAUAAAAAAGACGUGGCAAUGUGUGCGGAUGAAAUAAAUGCCAAUCAGCAUACCGAAACUGAAAAAGGAGUUGUUGAUCCACAUCACAAUCGGGUAACUCGGAAGAAAGAGAAAUUCGAUAGAAAUAAUCGUCGGUUCGGAAUCAAAAACAUCGUUGGUUCGGUCAUAAAGGAUAAGGACAUAAACACCAUCUUGAAAAUAAUCAAGUGCGGAGAAAGCAGGCUUGUUUUCAUCAAAGAUUCUUUUACAAGUUCGAAGACCGUAAUUCAUCUUUUUCUACGGUAUCGCACAUCAAUACUGGACGUCAUUAAUUUGGCAGAAUUGGUAGGUCAGAUGAACGUUCUGUAUAAUCACAUUCUAAGGAGCAAUGCAAUUGCAAUUACACAUCACAUAUGUCAUAAUGGCAUUCUUUUUGAAAUAUCCGGUCUUAAUCCGUUCUUUGUACUCAUAAACAUCCUGAAUUUCGAAGGGAUCUUGGGAAUGAUGAGCAGUAAAAUAGACAAACUGAAUGUGUUGAAUGAUGUAAAGGUAAGUCUGGAAGAUGAAAUGUAUGAGUCGGGAUACAAGAGAACUAGUAACAGCAUUAAAAAUGUGUACAUCGAGGGAUAUCAAACCAUUGAGAAAGAGUACGAAAUAGUAAAAGAGAUGAUUGAGCAGUGGUCCAUUCAAGAAAAUACGGAUGAAAAUGGUGUUGCUGAUGAGAUGAGAUGUGGUAUAAGUGCUUGUAAGGCUGGCACUGGCGGUGAGAUAAACAGGUUCAUUCCAUUUAAUGAAGCGCAAAGCGUUCUUCUUAUCGUAAAUGGGUAUUCAAAUGAAGAAUGUUAUCACGAAGUGUUCAGAAAAAUAUGUGCACGAAUGCAAGGAAAGGGGCCAGCUCUGGAAAUAGGAAUUAGAGAGGAGUAUGGGAGCACGAAGGAUGUGUUUUCGGUGUUACAGGGAGAAAAUAAAAGAACAGAUUGUAAUAUGGUUGGAGAAAAGAAGGAUCUAUGCCAUAUUAAUAGUCCAAAAUGCAUCAAUGACAUCCUUGCGAAGUACAGGUCGAAAAAUGAUUGUCUUGUGUUCAACAAAAUGAUAAACGCUCGGAUGACGAUAAAAGCACGAAACAAUUCUAAUUCCGUAUUCUUUCGGAUUGGCGAAGGCAUAAAAAGCUUAGCAAUUUGCAAAAUACUUGUUCAUCUUAUGAAUGAAAAAUUCUUUACGUCCCUUCGCACAGAGCAGAGCCUAGGGUAUGUUGUUUAUUGCAGUUAUAAGUCAAUUAAGAAUAUGCACUUUCUCUUUUUCAGCGUGCAAAGCGAUCAAGACGUACUUUUUAAUAUCUUUGAGUUCAUCGAGGAUUUUGAUAUCAGGUUGGAAUGCUUUGAGUCUCUGAAGAAUGAAAUAAUGGAGAAGAUGAAGUCUAGAGCACAGGUAACCAAACACUAUUUCAACAUAUUUUAUUGUAGCUUUGAUAACGUGGAUACAUUCAGGCAUGAUGUAUGCAAUUGUAUAGAUAGCGUAACUGUGGAUGAUUUGAAAAGGGCUCUGAAGGAAGGUGAACUUUGUGUGAUUAAGGCCGAAGAGUACCAGGAGAGCGAGAGCUGAUGAUUAAAACGAUUUGAAUCUGUUUUGGAAGGUUUAUUAGCUAUUCAAAUCUGAUUUAUUAAUCGCAGAUGUUUAGUAAUACAAUUUCAGCCAUCUCUUUUAUUUUCUGAGUUUGGUUCUAAUUGUUUUGCAGAGUGUACAAAACACUUCUUUCGAAAAUAUUGCAGAUACCUGACAAUUCGAAUAUGCCACUUGGUCGAUGAACUAAAUACGACUUAUUAUGGUUAUGUCAAUGAUGAAUAAAAAGGUGCACUAAUAUGAUGGGAGACCGUGGUUACAAACUAAGCGAUUGUUGUGUUUGGUAGGAGAUAAGAUGUAAGAAAAUUAAUAUUGCUUGUUUGUUUAAGUACAUGAUCUUCAUUUUACCUGAAACGGGAUAUUUUUGCUCUAAAUACUUUAAUGGUACUUUGUCG